GCCAAGCCACCUAAUUAACCUAACUGUUCUCGUCCAUAUCUAACGACGGCCGCCUCCUCUUCCCCCUCGCCCAGCGCCGCCCCAGCGAAAGCAAAAUCCCCUCCACGAACCGCGCGAAGAAAGUAUUUCUCGCUCACCGGAAUCCGCCGUGAACCGUGAGCAGUUGAUGGGUUUCAGGGGAACCGCCGGCGCAGCACCCUCGUCCUCCCGCACGUCCGAUCUGCCCCCUUCCACGCCGUGGUUCCGGGAGCUGUGGGGGGUCAACGCCGACAAAUAGUAGCAGCCGCCGUCGCCGAAGGACAGCAUUGGUGGAUUUCUCGAUUUGCUGAUUGAAUCAAUUAAAGCAAAGGGAGGGGCGUCCCUUCAGCAAGAGUUGGGGGCUUAUUUAUUUCAGUCUGAUAAUAAGACUUCUUUAAGAAGACUGUGCCGACUGUAAAUAUGUAUAGGCAGAAGAUACCCAAUUCUGGGUGGGCUGCUUUUGAUCGCAGGUGGCGCAGCAAAGAUGGAAGAGGGGAUGACACCGAUGUCAAUUCAUUUCCAGCUCUCUCAGAUUAUAUAGCCCCCAGUGCUGCUAGUAGCUCAGUUGCGGAAAACAGUAGGCCAAAAGCAAAGCCUUUUGCAUCAGUGCUUCGUCCUUCUGUUGAUUGUGCAGCUGAUGGUAAUGAAAACGGAAAUAAGCAUUUCACUUGUCACAGGGAGAAUGCAAACUAUGGUCUAAAAUCUGCAUCUGAAAAUAAAAUUGAGCUGCUGAGGGGUGCUCAUAGUUGGGCCGACAGUAAUUUAAUUGAGGAUGUACUGGCCUCUGUGAACAAUGAUGUUGGUGAAGCAUCUGCUUUGUUGAAAGCUAUGGCGUCUCCUUGUUUUCCAAUAAGGGAGGAUGGACUACCUGAUCAGCUUUCUUCUGAGAUUAAUAAAACACAUGGUUUACCAUCAGGAAAUGGUACAGCAGAAAAUAAUCUUGUAAAUGACUCGCAGUUGUUGCCUCUGCCAAUGAAUAUGUCGUCUGUACCCAUAGAACCGGAAGUGGAAGAGCUCGAUGACGAUUACUUUAACCACAGGAAAGAUGCAUUGAAGAUUAUGAGGGCUGCCACGAAGCAUUCUCAGGCUGCGAGUAAUGCUUUCUUGAGAGGUGACCAUGCUGCUGCCAAGGAACUUUCCCUCAGAGCUCAAGAAGAGCGAUCCGCUGCUGAAGAGCUGAACAAGAAGGCAGCAAAAGAAAUAUUUCGCCUCAGGAACAGCAAUAAUAGCAUUUGGAAGCUAGACAUGCAUGGUCUACAUGCAUCAGAGGCUGUGGAAGUACUGGAACGGCAUCUUCACAGGAUAGAAUUCCAGCCACCAGGGAAUAAUGCAGCUUCAUCUGAUGAAGUAGCUAGGUCUGAACCCAGAGUGUCUGGUCCAAGCAUUGAGCCCGGCCCAGGGAAGGUGGUGUUUGUUCGUCCCAUACAGGCUAUCUUAGAGGUGAUCACAGGGAUUGGCAAGCACAGCAAAGGGCAGGCCUCACUACCUGUUGCAGUCAGGGGCUUCCUCAUUGAAAAUGGGUACCGAUUUGAUGAGCUGCGGCCUGGUGUGUUCUCUGUUCGUCCUAAAUUCCGUCGCCGGUGAACCUGUGGAAGUGUGUACUGUACCGCCAAAUGGAGCAUUACGCUUUGUGGCAUGUCAUAGUUUAUUUACUUUGAAAUUGAAUGUAACAUGCAAUAGUUUAUUUACGUUGAAAUUGAAUGUAACCAUUUGUAAAAUGCUCAAGUUGUUUAUCUAAAACAGAAAGCCAAUUCAAUUCUGUAACCAUACGAAUCGGCAACGAGUGCAAUGUGCUAGUGUUGACAGCA